GACCUGUUUGAAGGACGCGCGGGAGCUAAAGGCGGGCUCACCAGUCUCAACUAAUGAUAAUAGUCCUACUGGCAUUCGGUAUUAUCAAAUUGGACGGGCAGGAAGAACACCUACGACUAGAAUUAUUCCAUUGAUGCUACUCACUAGACUGCUUCUUUCCGGCAAAUUUGUGGCGACUGUUUGAUGGCACCAAUGAUCCCUGACUGUGGGGUCUUAUCGACCCCUCGCAGAUAUUCACCCUUGAAAUUAUGUGAAGGGGGCUUGCAGGCUGCACCUCAUCUAGCCAGUUUAACUCACAGGUCACCAAAGCAUGCUAAUUUUGCUUCUGCAACUCCACCAAGACCUUCAGAAAUAACUGGGGUAACCCUAAGUUCAGGAUUCAACUUUGGGUUUUACAAGUCUCCAAAGAGCACUGUGGUUCCAUAUCACAAGGCUGAGCCCCUGCCUGUCUGUAAGAAAAUCAAACGACCCAGAGAUGGCAUAAAUAAAGGUGUUGGCCACAGUAUCAAGAAGCCAAAGCUCAAACCAAGGGAGAAGAUAAAGAAAAGGGCCAGUGUCAAGACUGUAGUUAAGAGGUUGAAGGAAGGAAGAUAUACACCAUGUCUGCCAUCCAACCGCAGUCCACUGAAGACUCCAACGCCUGGACAGAAAAAGAAACGUCGGGUGCUUUCUUCCCCGGGCAUGACCUUCUUAGACUCUCCAGAACAAGAUGGAGAUGAUAGUUUUCUACUGGAAUCAAAAAAUGGAAAAUUUUUCACUAGCCGGUCUCGUGCUGCUGCUACUGUUCAAAUUGGCAAGAACAUAAAACUGGCUGCUAGGUAUGGGGACCUAACACUAAAGCAACGUGAGGGAGCCUUCAUAAAGAAGAAUGUUGGCCGUCUUGAGGAUCAACUGGAGCAGUAUUUUGAACCGCCAAACAAAUCCCAAAGUAUAAAAGAAGCCUUGUCUUUACCAUCGGUGCAGGCCAACCCUCGUCCCCUUCCAACUCGUGUGCCAUCAAGUCCAUCACCUGGGAAACAGCGUGAUCAACGCAAGAAAUCACCUAAAAAAUGCAAGAUAGUGACUGGUUCAAAAAAUGGGUUGAAUGUCUCCAGUGAAUCUGUUGGUGAAGAGCUACAGGACAUGGAGUCUAUUCUCAAAGACUGGGAUGAAGUGGAGGCUGCAACUGAAAAUUUUACAUCUGAUGAAAAACUGGGAGGGGGACUCCGAAGAUCACCACGAAAGCAUAAGAGUGAAUCUCCACACAAGCCUAAAAAAAAACAGGGCAACACUGGGUCUCCUAGAAAAUCACCAAGGAAACUAGGACAAACUGAAUUUCCAAGUGAAAAUAUAGAAAAAACCUCUCCAGCAAAGAAACUUGUAAGGCAUGAAAGUAGUGUGUCUUCUCCAAGAAGGUCUCCAAGAAAAUUACAAAAUACAGUCCCAUUGCCCAUGAAAAACCAAAAGGAUAUGAAUAGUGUAUCUUCUCCAAAGUCACCUUCAUUGCAGUCAUCAUUGAAGACCGAUUCUCAAGAAACCAAGUUUUUUUCUAUUUUUGAUCCUAAAAGAAGACUAACAGAUCAAAAACAUCCCAAGAAGAUUGAACACAGACCAAACAGACAUACAUUUGUUAAUACUGAUGAUUCACAAAUGAUGAUUGAUGCUGGACAAAAGAAGUUUGGUGCCCAACAGUGCUCAGUGUGUGAACUUGUAUAUGAAGUGAGCAAUCCAUCAGAAGAAGUCUAUCAUAAUAAUUACCAUAAUCAAUUCAACACACUCAAGUUUUUGGGUUGGAAACAUGAGAAGGUUGUUCGUAUCAUGGGUACUCUGGAUGAACGAGUUAUAAUGGUCUCUUCAGAAGAUCCUGUGCACUAUUGGCGGAAAGUGGAGGAGAUACGGCAGAUAGUUGACACUGAGCUAGGCUUUUCAGAAAAUUGUAUUCGAACCAAGGAGAACACCAAAGUCUUUUUUUACAUAUUAAAACAAAGAAUUGUUGGUUGCCUUAUUGCUGAGAGGAUCAGCAAAGCUUAUAAAGUCAUUCCACAGAAGUCCUCAACCCCAAACAAAGGACGUCUAGUAUGUCGCUCAAACACCCCAACAAAAGUAUGGACUGGUAUCAGCCGUUUGUGGGUCCUUCAAUCUGAGCGAGGGAAAGGUAUUGCCAGUACACUGGUAAAUUCAAUGCGAGCUAACAUGAUGAAAAACUAUAUCCUGAAUAUAGAUGAAAUUGCCUUUUCUGAUCCCACAGAAAGUGGCCUUGGAUUUGCAGAAAAGUACACGGGUAAACCGGAUUUUCUUGUGUAUAGUCAAGAAUUGCUUUAAUUCUUAUAUGUACAGUGAAUUAAAGGAUGUAGUCUCGUAAUUUUUAAGUUGUGAAUUAAUGUGGGGAAAUUAUAUUUUUAUCAGUAUUUUUAUUUUCAUGUUGCUUUUGACUGGUAGCUGCAGGGAAACUUAAUUUAUGCUCAUUUAGCUUUGAAGAGAAAAGUUUAAUUUUAUUUGUGAAUGUACAAUAAAAGAAAUUAUCUUUGAAGCCUUUUCACCUUAAGUUUGGAGAAAUAUAAGAAUAUUUUGUUCUUUUAAGUUUAGAUCAUAAAAAUAAUAAGUGCUUCCUGUUUUUAUAUGGUAUACUAUAUGCACUGAAACCUCACAAAUUUAAUAUUUUUUCUCAAAGAAUUUAUGAGAACAUUUUAGCAGUUUUGGGAAAAAAUAUCAAAUUACUCCAAAAACUGUCAAAACAACCCACAUGACUUCCUUCAUAUGGGGAGAAAAAAAAUCAUCUACUCGUCUUAUAUAAUUUUCAGCUCUUUUAAAGAUUCAAAAGGAAAUCUAGCGAUUAUGAAAAUUGACUGAUGCACAGAAAAGGAGAUAUGACAAAAAUACUGUUGGUAGUUCUGCAGUCUCCAAUUUAUGUCACUGAAGCAAGGAAAACAAGAAAUCAGUCUGGCAGGAGGAUAACCUUAUGGUAUUUUUGGCUUAAAUUUAAGGCAAAGUAAAUGAGAGAGGCAGAGGAGAUAGUGGUGUAAUGUCUUGUGUCUCACCCAUCUCAAAGGGUUCCAUUCCAUGCAACAGUUUCAUACCUUAAGGAAGUGAUAUAGGAGGUGCAACACUCAUUAUACAGUACCUAUUGUAUUUUAUAUAUUCCUAUUAUUAUUGACGUCGUACAAGUGUAAGUAUGCAUUCUUCUCAAAACCGUGUUAGGUUUUCCUCAUACAAGGUUACCCACUCUCAAAAAUCAAUUGAGGCAAGUUGUACCAAAAAAUAUGGAAUUUUGUGAUAGUUUCAAUGUGUUGGGAUAAUUCAAUAUUUCUGGCUGAUUCAAUUAUCCCAGAGCCCUAGUGAUAUCUUUGAGGGUUCAGUGUAUAUUUAUAUAGAGUAAAUUUAUCUGUGUCACAAAGUAAAUAUAAUUUCAAAAUAAUUCUCUCUCUCUUUCAGUUGUUUUUAAUUAUACACUAUAAAUGAAAUCACAUCUUUCAUAACUAAAUCUUAAUUUAGGUUGGUUGGUAAACAACAAAUUGAACCUAAUACUCAUUAAUUUCUUUGGAAUUGUCACCGUAAAAGCAAAAAAAAAAAUUAUCCUUAUUUAGUGUGACUUCUCUUUCUUUCUCUCUUUAUUCUCAUCUCUUCUCUCCCUGCUCUUUCCUUCCCUUUUCCCUCCUCAUCAUUUCUUCACUCCACUCCAUUUCUUUCUCCUCUCACCCAAUACAAGAUUCAGUUAAAAGGAAAUAGAUGUCAACUCAACAAGCACUGAAUAUUCACUUGAAAUAGGUAGUCACAUAUUUUAGACAGCCAUAUAAACUUUAUAGGUAAAGUGAUCAUUUAGAGAAAGGAGGCCACAAGGAGAGAUCUGUUCAUUGAUACAAUAAGUUCACUCAUUGUUUCACCUUGAAUUUUAUACCUAACAUUCAAGUUCCAUGAAAGAACAAAAUCCUAAACCUUGAAUCAGCAUUUUUAUCUGUAAGUGUUGGGAUUUAAUGUGUCUUGCUGAAGAAUUGAUCUCUGUACAGCUAGACCCCGACUUACGACUGCUUGGACUUACGACCGUCGGGACUUACGACAUAAAUAAUUUUUUUUUUUUUUUUUUCCAAAUGACACGAAUUUUC